AUGGAGGCGGGUCCUUCUGAGGACUCAGUUGUUAUGAUGGAAGACAGUAAUCUGUCAAUGGAAUCUGUUGAAUCAGUCCCGCAGCAACGCCCGCCGUCAAUUCCUUUAGCGCCAGUUGAAGUAAAAGAUCUUAUCGAAUAUGAAUGGCCGCUCAAGUCGGGAGACAAAUAUUUUCUGCAGGAACAGGUUGGUGAUCUGUUGGAUAUCAAAUCAUUUUCGCGAAAGUUUCCUGACAUGAGUCGUAGGAAAGUCGAGAAGAAGAACUGCAUUGUAGAAUUACGAGAUCUUUGUGCCAUGCGCUCUGUUGAAAUUCGCGAUCUGAUGGCGAGCGAGUAUCCUACAAUCUACCAGGAGUUCCAAAAAGUGACUGCUGAAAGACUCAAGGCUGUAAUGGCUGAACAAGCUAAGGAAAUGGAGGCGAUUAAGAACGAUGUGAAGAAAUUGGCAGAAUUGAGAGAAAAAGCUAUCAAAAGUGCAGCAGAAUUCAAUAAAGAGCUACAACAGGUUAAGAAGUACGAACGACAGCACUAUUGGGACGUGCAGACAUCGAUUAUCCAGUCCAGUGCCAAUAAAUGGAAGAAACUCCCAGCCAAGUACACAAAACCUGACCCAUACCCUGUGGCGCUCAUCCAUGGGCAGUACCAGAAUUACUACAGGAAGUUGGUUUUAGCAUGCACCUAG